UUGGUUUCAUCAUUAGGCUAAUUUAACCUUGACGGCGAAUAUAAAAUGACUGUGGCCUUAAAGGUCAUUUUCUAUUAUCCAUCCAUAUUUGUUACAUGUUCUUACGUUCUGUCUAACAGAACAGUUUUUUCCAGGAAGUUAUGAAACUUAUUCAUCAUCAUCCAUUCAUGAACGAUGAUAAGAAUGCUGGCUACCGAGGACCUGGGAGUUCACAAUUAUCUAAAAAGCUCAUUCAUGACAAGCUGGAAAUACUUUCGGCCUCGCAAAUUGCACCAGAAUUUCAUGAAGUCGGAAUUUUAUCAGGUUAUCGCAAGCCAUCAACUUCAUUUACACUAAGUAUCUUAUCUGUUUUCCGAAUGCACAAUGAAACACUGAACAUUUGGACUCAAAUAAUACCAACACUUUUCUUUGUUGUGCAGUUAGUCCUUAAUUUUUUCCAUGUCGGCGAGCGUUUUCUCCUCAUUUAUUUAGUUACGGCUGUUACGUUUCUGUCUGUAAGUUCAUGCGCACACACAUUUAGUUGUUUGUCACCUGGAGCUCGGCACAUUUGUUUCUUUCUUGAUUACAUUGGGAUAUCAUUAUAUUCUUGCGGCUCUGCUGUUUGUUAUUAUGCAUUUGCUUUGCCUUUAGGUUACUUGCGACCCUCACCAGUUUUAUUUUUAAAUCUUAGUGAUGUGUUCUUGUUUUUUUCCGUAUUGUUUUGUAUCUCUGGUACAUAUUUAUCUUGUCAGACUAGAUUUUGGAAGCCUUCGAUUAUGCGCAACAUUAUUAGAAUGGGGGCGUUUGGAAUUGUUUUAUUUUAUGUUGGAGCUCCGAUUUUGUGGCGUUUAUAUACUUGCACAUACAUGGCAGAAGAGUAUGAGACUUCCGAAUGUAAAUCACUUUAUUAUUGGAACUUGCAUUUCCUGUUACUGUUCUCUGCAGGCUGUUUGUAUGUUUCACACUUCCCCGAAAGAGUUUUUCCUGGAAGGUUUGAUAUUUUUGGUCACAGCCAUCAAAUAUUUCACGUAUGUAGUGCCUUCGGUGCUAUUAUGCAAUAUUAUGCACUUAGGAUUGAUCUUCAGGAGCGUAAUGCCAAAUUAAAACUAAUGUCUCAUGCACCUUCAAUUCCUUUCUCUUUGUUUUGCCUCAGUUUGGUUGUCUUUUGCAACUGUAUUAUUUUUCUAAAGUUUUGUAAACGUCUUUUUGCGAUCAAUGAAUCUAAAAAAUUCUGAUUAUCUCUGAUUGUAAAGCUGCUUUUGGACAUACUUUCUGAACUUCUUUUGAGUUUGCACUUAGAUUUUUUUACUAUUGCUUAUGUAUUUUGACCUUUAAUUUAUUCCUGCAAGAUUGAUUGUGUUUUAGCACAUAAACUUUCCGUAAAUCAUGCUUUUUAUUUUUGUUGUUUGUACUCUUAUUCUUCAGAUUAAAAUUACUUAUUUCACUAAUCAAAUCAUGUGUACAUUGCAAAUGAUAAAUACUUAUUUUCAAGUGAA